AUGGAGAUCACAGUUCCUGAAAUACAAGUAGAAAGUAAGGAUGAGAAGAGAUCAGCAGAAGUUAGUCCUCAGAAUGAGAGGCAGGAGGAAAAAGCAUCGACACUUUGCUUCAAGAGAAGAAAGAAAGCAGCCAAAGCAAUGAAGCCCAAAGCUGGCUCUGAAGCUGCUGCUGAUGCAGCAAGGAAGUGUCCCCCAGAAGCAGGAGCUUCUGAUCAGCCAGAGCCCCCCGGGGGGGCCUGGGCCUCCAUCAAACGCCUUGUAACACGCAGCAAAAGGUCAGAUUCUUCAAAGCAGCAAAAGCCCUUUGAGGCCAAAGUGCAACCUGAAAUCAAUGCUGAGGAUGAUAAUUCUAAAAAAAAGGCAAAAUCCAGACUCAAGAUUCCCUGUAUAAAAUUCUCAAAAGGGGAGAAAAGAAGUAAUCAUUCCAAAAUUAUAGAAGACUCAGACUGCAGUAUCAAAGUCCAACGACAGGCUGGAAGUUUGGAUACAAAAACUCUGACCCAAUCAGAUGACCAGGCAGCAAAGACCAAGCCAAAGCAGGAUGUAAGGGAAGACGUCUCACAGAAAGGGAGUGAUGAGGUCUGUGAAUCAAAUGUGAACAACAGCAUAACUUCUCCUGGAGAGAAAGUGAUUUCAGUAGAACUUGAGUUAGAUACAGGGCAUUCUGCUAUUCAUACAGGAACUCUAAUCCUUGAAAAAGAUAUUGAAACGCUUGAGGAAAAACAAAGCAUUCAACCUCAGCAAGCAAGCCCACUGGAAACUUCAGACACAGAACACCAGCUCCCAGUGGUUUCUGAUGUUCCUCCCUCACCUGCAGUCCCAGAUCAACAAAUUCUGGAAGGAGCCAGAAACAGUAUCCUAGAAAGUGGACCAGAUUGGAAAGACCGUGAAAGUAAAGAGACUGUUGCUGAGGAGAGUAAGCCGAAAGAUACUGAACUGAGCCAGGAGUCAGAUUUUCAAGUAAAUGAAAUCACUGCAGAAAAACCCAAAACAGAAGAAAGCAAAAGAAUGGAGCCAAUUGCUAUUAUUAUCACAGACACUGAAAUCAGUGAAUUUGAUGUUAAGAAAUCUAAAAAUGUCCCUAAGCAAUUCUUAAUUUCAAUCGAAAAUGAGCAAGUGGGGUUUUUUGCUAAUGAUAGUGGUUUUGACAGUAGAACUUCAGAACAAUAUGAAACACUCUUAAUGGAAACAGCUUCUUCUCUUGUCAAGAAUGCUAUCCAGUUAUCUAUAGAACAGCUGGUUAAUGAAAUGGCCUCUGAUGAUAAUGCAGAAAGCAGUCUUCUACAGUGA